UCGUGUUUUGCGGUAUCUUUACGAGCAUUCGACUCUAGCAUUUUACCCAUAUCCGCCAUUCAAUAGUCGACCUGUUUCCGAGUUCCGAAUCGACUAUGUCAGCUUUGAAUGAAUAUCAAGUUUCGGGGGAGUUGGACCAGGCGGUCACCGGAGGGCCUCGUCCGCGGAGGCAUGAUGACGACGAUGAGGCAUCUGAUAACUCUGGGGAUGAUGAUCUAGAAAGCACGACUAGUGCUCCGGCUGCCGAGAAUUCGAAAUCUCAUGGAGGUUAUGAUGAUGAGAAAGAACUCUCUCCGCACGCAUGCGCGUAAGUUUCCUUUGCCCGAUGUUUUCUCCCUUUUAGAGUGUUUUAUCUCCCGGAAACAAAUGAAAAAAUUGCUAAGUCUUGUUCCUU